AUGGCGUUUGCAGGAACGACAGCAGCAACCGGGUCAUUCAUCGGGGUGGUGGUGGCGACGGGGAUGGCGACAGAGGUGGGGCGCAUCCAGGCGCAGAUCACAGCGGCCGCAGCGGAGGAGGCGCCGUACGACACGCCGCUGUCGCGCCGCCUGGAUGAGUUCUCAACCGCGCUCACCCAGGCCGUGGGCGCCAUGUGCGUGGUGCUGUGGGCGGUGAAUUUCGACCGGUUUGUGGCGUGGGACGCCGUGGGGCGGACUCUCGUGUUCAACGCUCAGCAGGCCACGUUCUACUUCAAGGUCAGCCGUGGGCCUGCCAGCGGUCAUGACCACGUGCCUGUCUGGCAUGACCACGUGCCUGUCUGGCAUGACCACGUGCCUGUCUGGCAUGACCACGUGCCUGUCUGGCAUGACCACGUGCCUGUCUGGCAUGACCACGUGCCUGUCUGGCAUGACCACGUGCCUGUCUGGCAUGACCACGUGCCUGUCUGGCAUGACCACGUGCCUGUCUGGCAUGACCACGUGCCUGUCUGGCAUGACCGCGUGCCUGUCUGGCAUGACCUCGUGCCUGUCUGGCAUGACCGCGUGCCUGUCUGGCAUGACCUCGUGCCUGUCUGGCAUGACCGCGUGCCUGUCUGGCAUGACCACGUGCCUGUCUGGCAUGACCACGUGCCUGUCUGGCAUGACCGCGUGCCUGUCUGGUAUGACCUCGUGCCUGUCUGGCAUGACCGCGUGCCUGUCUGGCAUGACCUCGUGCCUGUCUGGCAUGACCGCGUGCCUGUCUGGCAUGACCACGGGCCUGUCUGGCAUGACCACGUGCCUGUCUGGCAUGACCACGUGCCUGUCUGGCAUGACCACGUGCCUGAAGCAGUGGCGUUGGCAGUGGCAGCAAUCCCCGAGGGGCUACCAGCAGUCAUCACCACGUGCCUGGCGCUCGGCACACGGCGCAUGGCAGAGGGCACUCGCGACUCUUGCUGUUGUGAAGCAGUGGCGUUAGCAGUAGCAGCGAUCCCCGAGGGGCUGCCAGCAGUGAUCACCACAUGCCUGGCGCUCGGCACACGGCGCAUGGCAGACGCGCACGCUAUAGUCCGACGCUUGCCAUCCGUUGAGACGCUCGGGUGCACCACCGUGAUCUGCUCCGAUAAGACCGGCACGCUCACGACUAAUCAGAUGGCCGUUGCCAGCCUGGCGGUGCCACGUGGCGCUGACGGGGACGUGCGGUGGUAUGAUGUGUCGGGGACCACGUAUGACCCGGGGGAUGGGGAGGUGGUGGGGUGGAGAGGGGGAGGGCGAAGGGCAGGAGAGGGAGGAGGGGAAGGAGGAGGAGGAGGGGGAGGGGGAGGAGGUGAAUCUAUUUUGAAAGAGGGGGGUGUAAGUGAGGGGGGUGUAAGUGAGGGGGGUGUAAGUGAGGGGGGUGUAAGUGAGGGGGGUGUAAGUGAGGGGGGUGUAAGUGAGGGGGUUGCGAGUGAGAGGGGUGGCAGUGCGGAGGCGGGAGUGUGGAGUGUGGCGGCCAUCAGUGCACUGUGCAACGACAGCAGCAUCGCGGCCACCAAGGGGCGGUACGGCUGCUCUGGCAUGCCCACUGAGGCCGCUCUCAAGGUGAGGGGGCACUCAAGGUGGGUGCGCGAGGAGGUGAGGGACGGUGUGGUGGAGUCAGUCACAGUGAGUGUCAGUGAGGUGCUGGCGGAGAAGCUGGGCGUGCCGAGCGAUGAGCAGCAGGCGCGGAUAGAGGCGCCGCGCAGGGUGGGCGGGCCGCGGGGCGGCGACUGGGGAGGAGGAGAGCUCCCUCAGCAUGGCGAGCGCGUACUGGGAGCAGCGGUGGGCGCGCGUGUGCACUCUGGAGUGCUGGCGGAGAAGCUGGGCGUGCCGAGCGCAGAGCAGCAGGCACGGAUAGAGGCAUCUCGCAGGGCCGGUGGGGUGACAACUGGGGAGGAGGGCUCUCUAAGCCUCGCAAGCGCGUACUGGGAGCAGCGGUGGGCGCGCGUGUGCACUCUGGAGUUCGACCGCCUUCGCAAGUCCAUGAGCGUGAUUGUCACGCCCCUGGGGGGGCACGGCUUGCCCUUGCAGCAGCAGCGCGAGGCAGUUGGGGCGUGUGCGGCAGUAGGAGAGCCAGGAGGAGUGGGGAUGGGUGCGGUAGUGCGGGAGGGCGUGGCUGUAAUGGAGGAAAACAUGUUGGAGGGAAGAGGAGGGGGGAAGGGAGAGGAGGGGUUGUGCGGAGCAGGAAACAUGUUGCUGGUGAAGGGAGCAGCAGAGUGCGUGCUCAACCGCUGCUCCUCGCUGCAACUCCCCUCGGGCACCAUCGUCCCCCUCUCCCCCUCCGCGCGCACCCGCCUGACCCACAGCAUUGCAGCCAUGGCCUCUCAGGGCCUGCGCGUGCUGGCCUUCGCCUUCCGACACAACCUCCCCCCUGCCCUUGCAGGCUUGGAGGCGCCUCAAAAGUCGCUCGCCUUUCGCGACAACCUCCCCCCUGCUCUUGCAGGCUUGGGCUUGAAGACCGGGCGGGAUGGGGGCGAGGGAAGCAGGGCAGUGGGUGACGGGACCAGGGAAGAAGCGCAGGGGAGGGGAGGGGAGUUGGGGGAUGAGGUGCAGGGGAGUGGGGAGGGGUGGAGUGAGGAGGUGCGGCGGUGGGUGGAGGAUGGGAGUCGGUACGAGGAGCUAGAGAGCGAGCUCACGUUCGUGGGGCUGGUGGGGAUUCGAGACCCGCCCAGGCCUGAGGUGCCGGGGGCCAUAGCGGCGUGCACGAGUGCGGGCAUGCGCGUGAUUGUGAUCACUGGUGACUCGGGGGCCACUGCUGAUGCUGUUGCACGGCAGAUUGGUCUGUUUGGGGGUGGUGGUGGUGGUGGUGGGGAGAGACACGGUGACAUGCAUAGCGUAACGGAUCCGGCCCGGCAUUCGUACGCGGCAGCGGAGUUUGUUCGGCUGCCGGAAGAGGAGCAGCUGAGGAUCCUGGGAGGGCGGCCAGAGGGGACACAAGGUGCACGUGCAGGGGGGGAGAGAGGCGCGGAUAGAAGUAGUGGAGGGGCGAGGGGUGGUAAUCUGGUGUUCUGGCGGGCGGAGCCGGCACACAAGCAGGCGAUCGUGAGGGCGCUGCGGGCGCAGGGCGAGGUGGUGGCCAUGACGGGCGAUGGCGUGAACGAUGCUCCCGCGCUCAAGCUGGCUGACAUUGGCAUCGCCAUGGGGGCUACAGGGACAGAGGUGGCCAAGGAGGCAGCGGACAUGGUCCUAGCAGACGACAACUUCGCCACCAUAGUGGAGGCAGUGCGGGAGGGGCGCGCCAUAUUCGACAACAUGCGCGCGUUCAUCCGCUACCUCAUCUCCUCCAACAUCGGCGAGGUCGUCGCCAUCUUCGCCGCGUCCCUGCUCGGCCUGCCCUCCUCCUCCUUCCUCCUCCCCGUGCAACUCCUCUGGGUCAACCUCGUGGGGGACGGAGCUCCGGCGGUGGCGUUGGGGUUUACGCCGCCGGAGGCUGAUGUGAUGGCACGGCCGCCCAGGGAGAGGGACCAGGGGCUCGUGUCGCCGUGGGUGCUGGUGCGGUUUGGGGUGCUGGGGGCGUAUAUCGGUGCUGCGACCGUUGGGGUGUUUUCUGUGUGGUUUUUGAAUGGGGAGGUGGUGGGAGGGGGUGGUGGAGGGGUGGAGAUGGGGUUGGGGACGGUGGAGGAGAGUGUGGUGGGGACGGGGAUGGGGGGCGGAAAUGGAGGGUGGUUUGCACCGUUUGGGUUGGACAAGGAUGGGCAUUCGGCUGUGACGUGGGAGCAGCUGUCCCACUCCCGAACCUGCUCUGUCUGGUCCGUGCCUGCUGCUACUCUCACCGCCCCUCCUCUUGUAGACCCACCAGCAACCGCAGCAGCAGCAGUAGGAGCAGGAGUAGGCUCACCCGCACCUGCCCCAGCACCAGAAUCUCCCUUCAACCCGCAUCUCUCCUACACAGUAGCAGGCGGCGGCGUCGUCUCCUUCCCAACCCCAUGCGACUACUUCACUCACGGCACCACCAAGCCAUCUACCCUCGCGCUCACCACGCUUGUCACUAUCGAGAUGCUGCUCGCCCUCAGCUCCGUCUCCGAGUACCGCAGUUUGCUGCAAUCUCCACCGUGGAUCAACAAGUGGCUCAUCCUGGCCGUUGGUGCGUCCAUGGGGCUCCACGUGGCGCUGCUGUACUCGCCGCUGGCGGGCGUGUUUGAGGUGGUGCCGCUGACGUGGCAGGAGUGGGCGCUGGUGGUGGUGUUCUCGCUGCCCGUGCUGCUCGUGGACGAGGGCCUCAAGCUGGUGGGCAGACAAAUCUUUGCACGGCAGAGGGGAGGGGUCAGAUAG